AUGUCCCAGGCACCAUUUAAAGAAACAUUUGAUUAUAAAUGUGAUAUGAUUUUGGGAUAUCAGAUUGAAGUUAUUGCAGUUCUUGUUGGUAGCCAACUUGACAAAAAUUCAUGUUAUUUUGAAUAUGACUGCAGAAUUACUCAAUUGUCUAUACAUAAAAAAAGAAACUUUAAGUUACUUCAAUAUAUAAAUUGUUCUAAUAAAAAUGUACCUUCUGACAAAAAUAAUUCUAUGGUGAUUCAGUGUAGUCCAAGUAUAAGAAUAACUGGAAUAUUUGCAUUUAUAAUCUAUAUGAUUAAUUAA